CUCUCCGGCCGGCCGUCAGUCGGUCCCCAGCAAUGGCGGAGGGAGGAGAGGGAGAGGAGCUGCUCCGGCCGCCGCCGCCGCUGCCCGCCGCCCCGGCCAAGCGCCUGUGCUCGCGGGCCUGCCCGCCGGCACACCAGCCCCGCGGGGCGUCCGGGGGCGGCGGGGGAGGCGGCGGCGGCGUCGCCGGCGGCGGCGGCGGCGGCGGCGGGGCGGGGGGCGGCGGGCCCGGCGGGGGCGGCGGCCCGGGACUCCCCCCCGGGGCCCGGCCUCACCUGCAGCCCGAGUCCCUGCUGGACUGCGCCGCCAAGAGAGUGGCGGAGAAGUGGGCCUUCGAGCGGGUGGAGGAGCGCUUCGAGCGGAUCCCGGAGCCCGUGCAGCGCCGCAUCGUCUACUGGUCCUUCCCGCGGAACGAGCGGGAGAUCUGCAUGUACUCCAGCUUCCAGUACCGCGCCGGGCCCGCCAACGCCAACGCCCCCGGGCCCGCGGGGGGCCCCGCCGCCAACGCCCCCAACCCCGGAGGAGGAGGAGCAGGACCGGCCGCGGCGGCGGCGGCGGCGGCGGCGGCAGGACCGGCCGCGGCGGGGGGAGCGGGCGCCGCCGCCGCCCCCGGAGGGGCCGAAGGACUGCCUUUCCGCCGGGGCAUCCGCCUGCUGGACAGCGGCUGUGUGGAGAACGUGCUGCAAGUCGGAUUCCAUCUGAGCGGCACAGUCACAGAGCCUGCCACUCCAUCCGAACCAGAAAUGACUUAUAAAGUGGCUAUCAGCUUCGAUCGGUGCAAAAUCACUUCCGUGACAUGUGGCUGUGGGAACAAGGACAUAUUUUAUUGUGCUCACGUUGUGGCACUGUCACUCUACAGGAUCCGCAAGCCAGACCAAGUCAAACUCCGUCUUCCCAUCUCAGAGACCCUUUUCCAGAUGAAUCGGGACCAGCUACAAAAGUUUGUUCAGUAUUUAAUCACAGCACACCACACUGAAGUACUUCCCACUGCCCAGAAACUGGCUGAUGAGAUCCUGUCCUCCAAUUCUGAAAUCAACCAAGUGCACGGUGCCCCGGACCCUACAGCCGGUGCCAGUAUUGAUGACGAAAACUGUUGGCAUUUGGAUGAAGAACAGGUGAGAGAGCAAGUGAAGCUCUUCCUAUCCCAAGGAGGCUACUAUGGCUCGGGGAAGCAACUCAAUUCAAUGUUUGCAAAGGUGCGCGAAAUGUUGCGGAUGAGAGAUUCCAAUGGAGCCAGGAUGCUGACUCUGAUAACGGAGCAGUUUAUGGCAGAUCCUCGACUCUCCCUCUGGAGACAACAGGGAACGGGCAUGACCGACAAAUGCAGGCAACUCUGGGACGAACUGGGGGCCCUGUGGGUGUGCAUAGUGUUAAACCCACACUGCAAGUUAGAGGAAAAAUCCUGCUGGCUGCGACAGCUCCGCAAGUGGAGUGACCUGGACGUCUGCCCGUUGGAGGAUGGGAACUACGGCAACGAGCUGCCCAACAUCACCAACGCCCUUCCUCAGAACCCAAACCACAGCCAAGACUCUUUAGCAAGACCAAGACGAACAGUGUUUACUCGAGCCAUAGAGGGGUGUGAUCUACACUGGCAGGACAGUCAUUUACAGCGGAUAAUCAGCAGUGACUUAUACAUGUCUCCUUCCUACCAGAGGGAAGGAGAGAGCCUCCUGUUUAAUUCCCAAGGCCAGCCACUGUGGCUCGAACACGUCCCUACAGCGUGCGCUCGAGUCGAUGCCCUGCGUUCACACGGCUACCCUAAGGAAGCCCUGCGCCUCACCGUCGCCAUAAUCAAUACCCUGAGGUUGCAGCAACAGAGGCAGCUGGAAAUCUACAAGCAUCAGAAGAAAGAACUGCUGCAGAGAGAAGCGACUACUAUCACUAACCUGGAGGGCUGGGUGGGCCAUCCCCUCGAUCCUAUCGGGUGCCUGUUUCUGACUUUGACGGAAGCCUGCCGAUUGGAAGAAGAAAAUUGCCUGGAAGCUGCAGAUGCUAAUGACUGCAAGCCUCCACUGUAUCAGCACGUGCCCGUGGCUGCCGGCUGCCAGGACAGCGGGGAGUCGUACCUGUCCCUGGCGUUGGAAGUGGCCCUGAUGGGGAUGGGGCAGCAGAGGGUGAUGCCGGAGGGGCUGUACGCUCAGGAUAAAGUGUGCCGCAAUGAGGAGCAGAUCAUCGCCCGGCUCCAGGAGCUGGAACUGGACCUGGUGCUGGUCCAGACGCUGCGGAAACAGUGCAUCUUAUUGCUAGAAGGAGGCCCCUUUAGCGGCCUGGGAGAGGUGAUCCACCGGGAGAGCGUGCCGAUGCACACCUUUGCAAAAUACCUGUUCUCCGCUCUGCUGCCGCACGACACAGACCUGGCAUAUAAAUUGGCCUUGCGGGCCAUGAGGUUGCCCGUCUUGGAGACCACGAGCCCCCCGGGUGACGUCUCCCACCCCCACCACAUGGUGUCGGUGGUCCCCAGCAGGUAUCCCCGGUGGUUUACUCUGGGGCAUCUGGAGUCCCAGCAGUGCGAACUGGCAUCCACCAUGCUGACAGCGGCCAAAGGCGACAUGCUGAGAUUACGCACCGUCUUGGAAGCGAUUCAGAAGAACAUUCAUUCCUCCUCCCUGAUCUUUAAACUAGCCCAGGACGCGUUCAAGAUCGCCACUCCGGCAGACAGCAACUCAGACACAACCCUGCUGAACGUAGCCCUGGAGCUGGGCCUGCAGGUCAUGCGGAUGACUUUGUCCACCCUCAACUGGAGACGGAGAGAGAUGGUGAGAUGGCUGGUCACCUGUGCCACGGAAGUGGGUGUGCGAGCCCUAGUCAGUAUCCUGCAGAGCUGGUACACGCUGUUCACCCCCACCGAGGCCACCAGCAUCGUCGCCGCCACGGUCAUGUCCCACAACACCAUCCUGCGGCUGAGCCUGGACUACCCCCAGCGCGAGGAGCUGGCCAGCUGCGCCCGCACCCUCGCCCUGCAGUGCGCCAUGAAGGACCCCCAGAACUGCGCCCUGUCGGCCCUGACCCUGUGCGAGAAGGACCACAUCGCCUUCGAGACGGCCUACCAGAUCGUCAUCGACGCGGCCUCCACCGGCAUGACCUACUCGCAGCUCUUCACCAUAGCCCGCUACAUGGAGCACCGCGGCUACCCGCUGCGGGCGUUCAAGCUGGCCUCCCUGGCCAUGACCCACCUGAACCUGGCCUACAACCAGGACACCCACCCGGCCAUCAACGACGUCCUGUGGGCCUGCGCCCUCAGCCACUCGCUGGGCAAGAACGAGCUGGCCGCCAUCAUCCCCCUGGUAGUGAAGAGCGUGCACUGCGCCACGGUGCUCUCGGACAUCCUGCGCCGCUGCACCAUGACGGCCCCGGGCCUGGCGGGCAUCCCCGGCCGCCGGAACUCCGGGAAGCUCAUGUCCACGGACAAGGCCCCCCUCCGCCAGCUGCUGGACGCCACCAUCAGCGCCUACAUCAACACCACCCACUCGCGGCUCACCCACAUCAGCCCCCGGCACUACGGCGAGUUCAUCGAGUUCCUCAGCAAGGCCCGGGAGACCUUCCUGCUCGCCCAGGACGGCCACAUGCAGUUCGCCCAGUUCAUAGACAAUCUCAAGCAGAUCUACAAAGGCAAGAAGAAACUCAUGAUGCUGGUGAGGGAGCGGUUCGGCUGAGACCCCCGCGCCUCUCUCGCUCGCUCUCGCUCUCUCUCUCCCCCCCACGACCUCCCCCACACCCCCGCCACUCCCGGGCUCUGCCGGGCGGCACCAGAAAUGGAAGGAAAAACAAAAACGAAGAAGAAAACGAAACAAAAAAAACAACCUAACCCCGUCGGGCGAAGCAACGACUUCUGUGCAGUCGAGUCGGAUCUAACCGUUCCCCAUCCCGAGAGGAUUCAAGAGAGCCUCUGGCCCCAGAAACCAAACGGCAGCCUGGAAAUAGGAAUUCCCUCCACCUCCUCCCGCUCACGAGCGUCUAGUCGAAACCAAAAGUUCCCGCGGAGACCCCAGCGUGACCUUCCCCCGGAGGAGACGUGCGACCGACCAGCGGGGGCCCCGGGGGCUGGGGCUCGGAGGCCGAGAGGAAGGAAGGAGCCGGAACCCCACAACACUAAACCUCACACGCCUCCGAGCCGGCUCCCGGGCCGCGGCCUCGCGUCCACGUGCGUCCAGACGAGACCUGUGAAUUUUUCUUUUCUCCAUUUGUGAAGGUACUUAAAACACACACAGAACUGUUCUCAGGGAUUGCUUACUUAAAAGUAACAAAAGCAUUUAUGAUACUGUAUAUACUAUAGUAUAUGUGUCAAUUAUUAAAUUGUAAAGUUAUAAUUAUUUA